AUGCGUAUGAAGCUGGGAUUGGGACAACUUUCCUUUCUUAACCAGGCUCAAGGGAAGUUAGAAGUCAAAGAAGCCUUGGUGCCUAGCGAAAGCGAGUUCUUCUUUCUUUUCUUGCUCGAAGGGUCAAACGAGGAAAGAAAGAAGAGUUGUGGUACAACCAGACGAAAUAUCACUGAUCAUCCAGGCACAGAAACUCAACCAACUGUAGAUGCAAUCUUAAUGCAUUCUGGGAUGAAGGCCAUUCCCAUCCCAAGUGGUGGCCCGAUUCGGCCUGGCCUGCCAGCCAUGUUAGCUUCACAUGAGAGAGCCAUUUUUUUAAGGCUAAAAACUCAUCAGUCAGCUCGGCCCCUUUCCUAUUCAGCUUUGCCGCCUAUUAAGAGAAUAGGUCCCGUUCAAGCGGCCCGCCUUUAUUCAUCUAUACCAGCUGCCCCACGCACGACCCAAUAUGAACUAUUUCAGCGCCCCUAUCUAGAUAAGAAGCAGAACGCGCCAUCACCUACAACCCUUUCCUCUGCCGGGGACUUCCACGAAAUGAAAACGGGCGGCAUCGUCGUAUGCUCGACAUUGGUUGCCCUGGUUUAUAUCCCGGAGUACUCCUAUGGCCGAUCUUUCACCCAACCUACUCAAAAAUAUAAAGGCUUGACCCCGUCCCGUUUGGAGAAUGACCCUUAUGGCAUGGCUUAG